AUGAUAACCUUGUCCAAUGCUCAGCGUAAUAGUUUUCAACAUUUAUUAUCUAAUGAAAAUGACUAUUCAAUUGAUUUUCCCAAUGUAACAAUUCAACAUGUAUGUGAAAAUGAAUUACUUACGAUAAAAUGUUUAAAUAUAAAUGAAACAAUUCAAAUAAUACGUUCAAUGUAUGGACGAACAUCACAAAGAAUAUGCAAUAAUGAUUUAAUCUAUCGAUUUUUUGAUAAAACAUGUGCAAAUAUUGAACAAUCAAAAUAUCAAACAAAACUUCGUUGUCAUGGAAAAUCAACGUGUGACAUAUUAAUUAGUAAUCAUAUAUUUACGGAUCCAUGUGGAUUAAAUAUUCCAAAACAUUUUGAAGUUCAUUAUCGAUGUAUUGAUAAAGAACGAAUUUGUUCGAAAUUAUUUUCGAAUUGUUCAAAAUCAAAAGAUUUGAAAUGUAUUGAAAAAAUUCAAGAAGAUUUUUCUUGUCAAUGUCCAUCAAAUAUUUGUCAAUAUGUUGAUAAUCAAGUAAUUGGCUUUACGGAAAAUGUUUGUUUAGAAGAAUAUCUCCAAGGCUUUCAUUGGACUACAACAUCGAUUAAUAAAAAUCAAUCUCAUCUAUGUCCUUCUCCAUGCAAUGGAGAAAUAAUUCGUUAUUGUAAUUCGAAUAGUCAAUGGUCAAAACCAAAUUAUACAAAUUGUAAAUGUCCAUUAAAACAAUCCGAUCAAUUAUCAACACAUCGUUCAGCCAAUAGCUAUGUAUUUCAAUGUAAUUUUUGGCUAAUCAAUCGUAUAUUGCCUAAGGAUAAUUCAUGCAUUCUUUCAUUUACAAAUUGGAAUGAAAAAAAAGAGGAGAAGAAUUCAUUGAAUUGUCUUUUAAGUGCAUUUGAACAAAUGACAUUUCAAUCAUGUUUAGGAUCAAAUUCAUUUGGAAUUGAUUUUCAAAAUUUAAUUUUUGAAAUUUAUAUUCCAAUGAAAAAUGAAAGUAAAUUUCAUUUAUUAUCAAAUGAUUAUGAUUCAUUAUUAAUCAAUCAAUUAAUUGUCGAUCGAACAAAUAUAAACAAAGAUGAAUCUCAUACGAAUUUACCAAUGAUGGUUAUUGAUACAAAGAAUUUUGAUUUAGAAAAUCGAUCUAUUAUUUUAAUUGAACAAGAAAAAAAUUUCAAUCCAAUACAAACAGCAAAUGUUACAGUCAUAUUCGAUCGUCCGUCAUUGAAAUAUUAUUAUCAAUGUCGCGCUUAUCGUUUAACAAAUUUUUCAUUACAAGUCGAUUCGACAAAUAUGUUUUUUGCAUGUCAAUCAUUAUGUUCAAAUAGUAGUCAUGUUAUAUGUCAAUGUCCAUUUUUCAAUCCAUUCAUGCAUUAUCGUUUGCAUAUCGAUGCGUCGAAAACUGAUGAUGAUUUUAAUGAUGAAUGUCUCGAACAAAUAAAUUAUUCAAUUGAUGAUAAUUUAAAUCGAAUUGAUCAAUAUUUAAAAGAUAUGUCAUCCAUAAAAUUAGCAAAAAAAUUUCUUUUAUUUGUCGAUAAAAUACUGGAUAAAGAAAAAUCAUUUUUAAACUGGAAUAUUCUUUAUCGAAUUUUAAAACAAAUCGAAUAUUUUAGUUUUAAAUUACUCAAAUUAUCCAAUUCAUUCAUUUCAAUAAAUAAUCAUAUUGAAUUUUUUCUGAAAACAAAAAAAUUCCAAUACGAAAAUUCUGAUCGAUCAAUAUCAAUAACAGUUAAUAGUGAAAAUAUUCCAAAUUUAGAUUUUCAAUUAAUCAUUUUUACGAUAUCAAAUAUAAAUAUAAGUGGAUUAUUAAAUAAUCAAAUAGUUAAUUUAAAUGUAUUACCUAAACAUGUUUUAAUCGAUGACGUUCAAAUUAAAUUUCGUCAUUUAAAUAAAUCCAAUCAAAUUCCAAUUUGUGUUUAUUUGAAAAAUUUCGAAGAUAAUAAAGUACAGUGGAGUACGGAUGGAUGUCAAUUAUUAUCGACAAAUUUAACGCAUACAAUAUGUUCAUGUAAAUAUCAAAGUACAUAUGCUUUAUUUGAAAAUACUGACAAGCCGAUAGUUAAAUCGAAUGCGAAUCAAUUAUUAUUUAUUACAAAAAUUGGAUGUAUGAUUUCGAUUGGAUGCCUUUUAUUAACAAUUAUUUUAUUAAUCAUCAUGCGAUCUCACACGGAUAUGGAUGAUGAUUUAACAACUGUUCGUAGUAUUAUUCAUACAAAUAUGUUAUUAUGUUUAAUUAUUGUACAAAUAUUAUUUUUAUUUGGUAUUGAUCAAACUAAAUCAAAAUUUGGUUGUCGAAUUAUAUCUAUAUUACUUGAUUAUUUUCUUUUGGCAACUAUUUCUUGGAUGUUUGUUGAUGGCAUUGAAUUAUUAAUUGCAUUAAAACAUGUUUUUAAAAUUGAUCGAAUACGUUUAUUAGCAUAUUCAUUAUAUUCAUAUGGAUUUCCAUUAUUAAUUGUUUUUCUUUCAAUAACACUUUCAGCAAAAAAUGAAACUGAUUUAAAUCAAUAUUGUUGGUUAUCACAUGAUAAUGCUUUUAUUUGGGCAUUUGCUAUACCAUUUAUACUUUUAAUACUCGCAAAUCUUUGUUUUUUUCUUAUAUCAAUGUAUUCAAUGUGUAGAAAAAUAAAUAUUUGUUCUGAUCGUAUGAAUGAAAUCAGAUUUUCAUUACGUGAUAUGUCAACAAUAUCUAUUCUAUUUGGUUUAACAUGGAUAACUGGUUUAUUUUAUUUUUAUGGUCAAACAUUCUUAUUCGCAUAUAUAUUUACUAUACUUAAUUCUCUUCAUGGUUUUUUAAUAUUAAUAUUUUAUUGUUUAUUACAAAAACAUGUUCAAACUUCAUUUGGAAAAUUUUGUUUUUAUAAAAAUCAUCAUAUAUCAAUAUUCCAUUGUUUUGUUAAAUCAAAUCAAAAUCAAAAACAUAUUCGUAAAAAAUCUUUCGAACAUUUUUCUUUACCUGAUAAUACAAGUACAAGUGGUUAUAGUUCAGCACAUUCAUCCGAUCUUAAUAAUAAACAAAUUUUAUGUAAUCAAACAAAAGAUUAUACAAAUAAUUUAUCUCAACAAAUAUACUUUCAUAAUCAUUAUAAUAGACGAUCAUGUUUAGUUCAUGAAACACCCUAUUUACCAAGUAUACCAACUAAUUUAUUACCUAAUCGUUUAAGUACAUUUCGAUAUCAAUUACCAGUAAAUGAAAUCAUUUUAUCAAAUGAACAAAACGAACAAUUACUUCAAAAAACUCAAAUUCAUGAUGAUGAUCAUCAGUAUUAUGAAAUUGGUUAA